GAGGAAGACAUUGAGUACUACGACUCCAAGGCUGACACUGAAUACGAGGAUCCCGAUGGAGAAGAGAUCGAGAGGGAGAAGUCCAACUCCUUGAAGCUGGAGUUCACUGACGAUGACAACUUCAAGACCAAGGUUAACUAUUCGUACGCUGCUGUGCAGAUCCCCACGGACAUCUACAAAGGCUCCACUGUCAUCCUCAAUGAGCUGAACUGGACACAGGCGCUGGAGGAUGUCUUCAUUGAGAACCGGAACGAGGAUCCCUCCCUGCUCUGGCAGGUCUUCGGCAGCGCCACCGGUGUCACCCGCUACUACCCUGCCACCCCAUGGAGAGCUCCCAAUAAGAUUGACCUCUACGAUGUGCGCCGACGGCCCUGGUACAUCCAAGGUGCUUCCUCCCCAAAGGACAUGGUCAUCAUUGUGGAUGUGAGUGGCAGCGUGAGUGGCCUCACCCUCAAGCUGAUGAAGACCUCAGUCUAUGAGAUGCUGGACACCCUCUCAGAUGAUGACUAUGUCAAUGUGGCCUCGUUCAAUGAGAAGGCAAAGCCAGUGUCUUGCUUCAAGCACCUGGUGCAGGCCAACAUCCGAAACAAGAAGGUCUUCAAGGAGGAUGUGCAGGGGAUGGUGGCCAAGGGCACGACUGACUACAAGGCUGGCUUUGAAUAUGCCUUCGACCAGCUGCAGAACUCCAACAUCACACGUGCCAACUGCAACAAGAUGAUCAUGAUGUUCACGGACGGCGGUGAGGACCGGGUGCAGGACGUCUUUGAGAAGUACAACUGGCCCAAUAAGACGGUGCGAGUCUUCACCUUCUCCGUCGGGCAGCACAACUACGACGUGACCCCACUGCAGUGGAUGGCCUGUGCCAACAAAGGUUAUUACUUCGAAAUCCCCUCUAUUGGCGCCAUCCGCAUCAACACGCAGGAGUACCUGGAUGUGCUGGGCAGACCCAUGGUUCUGGCUGGGAACCGAGCUAAGCAGGUUCAGUGGACCAACGUCUACCAGGAUGCCCUGGGACUGGGCCUGGUGGUGACAGGCACGCUGCCAGUGUUCAACUUGACAGAGGACAGCAGUGACAGGAAGCAGAACCAGCUCAUCCUGGGUGUGAUGGGGAUCGACGUGGCUCUCAACGACAUCAAGAGACUGACACCACGAUACAACCUGGGGGCAAAUGGUUACGUCUUCGCCAUCGACCUCAACGGCUAUGUCCUGCUGCACCCCAACCUGCAGCCUCAGAUCAUCAAUUUCCGUGAACCAGUGACACUGGACUUCCUGGACGCUGAGCUGGAGGAUGAAAACAAGGAGGAGAUCCGGAGAAGUAUGAUUGAUGGAAAUGAUGGGCAGAGGUUCAUCAAGACCCUUAUCAAAUCCGUGGAUGAGCAAUACAUCGAUGAGGUGUACCGGACCUACACGUGGGCUCCCAUCAAAAGCACCAACUACAGCCUGGGGCUGGUUCUGCCUCCCUACAGCACCUACUACAUCCAGGCGAACCUCAGUGACCAGAUCCUGCAAGUGAAGU